ACAAGAAAUGAAGUCUUCCCUCAGCCUUUGAAGAACAUGUCCCCUUUUGUGCCGCGUCGUCUGUUGCCAUCCGGACUCCCCAGUUUUCAUGUGUGUGUUGUUUUUCCUUCUCUGAAAGCCUUUAGGAUCUUUCUUAUGUCCUCGUGUUUCUGAGACGUCUCAGUGAUGUGCUUCUGUGCGGAUAGUUUUCAUUCAUUGUCCUAAGGACUUUGUGGAUCCUUCCUCCUCCCUGGUGCUUUUAAACAGAUAGAAUAUUUUACCAAGUGAUAAAAAGCACACACUUAAAAAAUCCUGAGCUCACCCUUGGUUCUGUGGUGUGAGUUGGCCUCCUUUUGGUGUGCUUCCCCGUCUGCCAGCAGUUAAGAUUCAGCUUUCUCAGUGUCAAUUGUAAUUGAAAAGAAAGAAAGAGUCUGCUUUCUCCGCGCUUCUAAUGUAGUUACCAUUCAUCCUUUCCUGCCUUCUACAGUUCUUUUAACACCACUAGUCUGCUCUGCCUCUUCUUCUCUUGGCCAUCAUGUUACUGUUGUUUUAGUGGGAUCAGGGCGGGAGUGGAGGCCAGUACGAAAGUGCUGUGGGCUGCGUUUACACAGGUGUGCACACAAGACCCAGGUAGGGGAAAGGAGCCAGAGGGAACGGCUGGCCCACAGCAGGGCUGGGCGGAGUUGACCCAGAGAUCCUCAGGAGAAGGAAGGGCUGUUUGCUGGGGAUGACCACAAGGGGGUGCAGUGAGUCUUGGGCUCCCCUGUUGGUGAGGGCAGUGCCGGCUGAGGUCUGGCCCCUGAGGCGGCGGAGGGCACUGGAUAGCUGUCCCUGGCAAUCUCACCAGACCCAGCAGGCCUCUGCCCUGACACAGUGCCCUCACACAGGCAUGAGCAGGAACCUGUUGUUUCAGGAGUCAGUGACCUUUGAGGACGUGGCCGUGUACUUCACUCAGAAUGAAUGGGUCAUCCUGGACCCUGCACAGAGGGCCCUGUACAGGGAGGUGAUGCUGGAGAAUUAUGCAAAUGUGGCUUCCCUGGCUUUUCCAUUCACCACACCUGUUCUGGUCUCUCAGCUGGAGCGAGGGGAACUGCCGUGGGUUCUCGAUCCCUGCAAACCUCCAGGCAGGGAUGCCCUCAGAGGUGUCUGUCCAGGGGGUGAGACCAGAACCCAGAAGGAAGAAUCAACUCCAAAGGAACACAUUUCCAAAGAAUCAGAGUCCCACAGACUGACAGUGGAAGGGCUGCCGGGGAAUAUUCCCCAGCACCUCGACCUUGGGAGCAGCCUAGAGCGGCAGCACAGUCACUGGAUAGUUAAAAAGACAGAGCCAAAGAGGAGAGAUUUCACAGAUGGGUCAGCCCGGCAUCAUGAGGCCUGCGCUGUUGAGAACAGGGGGAAGUAUGAGAAAUUAGGAAAAAAUGUUAGUGUCAGCACACAGCUCACUAUGAAUCAGACAAUUCCUGGUGUUCAGAUAUCGUAUGACUGUGGAAAAUGUGACAGAUACUUCAGUCGAAUGGCGGAUUUCCACCGACAUCAGAGAUGUCACGCUGGUGGAAAGUCUUUUGAAUGCAAAGAAUGUGGGAAAGACUUCAGAUGUAACUCCUUACUUCUUCGGCAUCAGAUAAUUCACACUGGAAAGAAACCGUUUAAAUGUAAAGAGUGUGGGAAAGGCUUAAGCUCAGACAUGGCCUUGAUUCAGCAUCAGAGAAUCCACAGUGGAGAAAAGCCCUAUGAAUGUAAGGAGUGUGGCAAGGCCUUCCGCAGCAGCUCCCUCUUCCUGCAGCACCGAAGGUUCCACACUGGGGAGAAACCCUAUGCAUGUCCCGAGUGUGGGAAACGAUUAAGCUCCAGCACGGCCUUGACUCGGCAUCAGCGCAUUCACACUGGGGAGAAGCCUUUUGAAUGUAAGGAGUGCGGGAAGGCGUUCAAUCAGAAAAUCACCCUGGUUCAGCAUCAGCGAGUUCACACUGGGGAGAAACCUUAUGAGUGCAAGGUGUGUGGGAAAACCUUCAAAUGGAAUGCAAGUUUCAUUCAGCAUCAGAAGCUACACACGCAGAAGGCAUCUGUCCAGGCGUAGGUCUCUCUCUCCACAGCUAGGCCACCGUGCCUCCUUGUUUCUCCCCAUUUUCAUGCUUUUUAUCAGUGUUAUCACUGCCUUUCCUGGACUGCGCUAAUUCUUAACCGUGUGUGUCACUUCCUACAGCUCUGGAAUGCUUGUUCCUCUGCCUGUCCCAGUAAGAUGUUUGAUUCAGACUCUCAGCUUCCAUCAUGAAAUCUCCCUCAAGUACUCCAAGCCCACGUUUUCCCAACAUGAACUCUCUUUAGUUAGAAAAGACAAAAACCAAGCCCCAAAACUUUCAAACAUGAAAGGAAAUGUAAGUUUCCACAUUGGAAGGAUCCUCUGAGUGCCCAGCAAAGAUGGAUUGGGGGAAAACCAACAUCAAAGAGCUGCAAGUGAUCAAUAUACCAGGUUGAAGAGGAGAUCCUAAAAAGUUUCUAGAGAAGAUCAGGAAUAAGAAUGGCAUCUGAUUUCUCAACAGUAGCCUUGGAAGUUAGAUGACAAUGGUGUAUGCCUUCAAAAUACUAAGGAAAAGUGAUUUCCACCCACAAUUCAACACCUUCAAGUGUGAGUAUAGAAUAAGUGCGUUGCAUACCCUUUACAGCUUAAAAUUUUACCUCCCAUGCAUCGUUUCUCACAUACACAACACUAAACAAGGGUUAAAAAACCAGGAAAGAAAAAGGACACCUUAUUACUGUGGAGAGCCAACUAUGAGCAGUCAGGGUUCAGAGUCUGAGAGCUGGCAAGCUGACAGACUUCUCAGAUCUGGGUGAGCAGCUCUGGGAAGAGUUUCACCCCCACUGUACCAUUGGAGAGCAGAGAGCAGCUGAAGCCGCAGGCUAAGAGCAGCUUUCCUGCAAAUGCUUCUGAGAAAUACAUAACAGGAUGUAACCUGCUGACAGCUUAACUUGCUAAACAUAACCUUUGCUAGGGGAAAUUGUUUCCCCAUAACCCCUGCAAAGAGGAAAUUGCUUCCUCUAUAUAAGCAUUGUGCAAAAAUAAACUUUGCCACUGCUCCACCAUCAACGGUCAGUGGACCUCUGUCCUCAGCUUUUGUCUGUGUUUUUCUUUUCUAAUCUCCCAGCCCAGCCCACUCAGGUACGUUGGAUUGACGAGCGGGUCUGUUGGAUUGACGAGCGGGUCUGUCAUAUUACAAUCUGAAUGUUAGAAAUCUCCUAAACUCAAAAACGGAGGAACCUUGUCCAUGUGGAGCCAUCUGCAUCUUGAAGGACAUUCCUAACAAGAUGCAAACUUUCAAAGACUGCCUCGGGUGCAGUGCCCACCCACACUAGUUUUUUUUUGUUUUUUGUUUUUUUAGCUGAGCCAUCCUGCCACCUGUUGGCAGCUCAGUGGCAACUCAGCUC